AUGAGCGACGCCGAGAUUGAAUCUGACCCGGGGUACUCCCCGUCCCCGUCCAUAUCCUCAGAGCGCUCCACUCCAGAUCGCGAAGCUUCCCGCGAAGCUUCCAACUUGUCUACUCGGGACCGUGACGAAAAGUCUGACGAUGUUGAACGCUUGCUUGGUGAGGCGCUUAUGCGUCGCUCACCACGGAUGCGUGGGUCACUUUUGUUUCUUCGAACCUACAAACAUCUACUCGCGGAGUCUCAAAAGGAGAUCGAUUACACCUGGUCACGGCAUGAAGAGGACGUUUUUCAAGUGAGCCAGUAUGGCUCAGUGGUUUGGACUUCUACGGAGAAGGAAGCAUUCUUUAACGCGCUGGACCGCAAGGGAAAGGGCGGCAUCAAAGAGCUUACCGCUGCAAUUGGCACAAAGUCUGAGCUCGAGGUCAUGGACUAUAUGACACGCUUGCAUCAGGCCCUGGACGCUCAGUACUGCUCCGAGGCACAGGUUGAGUCCAUGCCUCUGAUGGCUGAUCUCCCAGCAGCCAAGGAAAUUAGUCCGCAGGGCUGUGAACUGCUUGAUGACUAUGCAGAGGUUCUGGUCUUGAAAGAUUCCCUUGCUGAAGCUCAAACGAAAGGAAAGCAAUAUGGAGAUUACUGGAACCUCACCGGUGAUACCGCUUCGGAACUAAUGAACGUCAUUGACGGCGAGGACGACGGUACAGUCCGAGGUGAUCUCCAUCUUGCAGCCAAUUUGCUCUAUGUCCCCGAAUGGAUCUCACUAUCCCGAGGACUAUUCAUGAACUUUGGAGGUUCGAAAUCAGAAAAUCAUUGGAAGAAAAUCGCCAAUUCAAAACAAAACAUCACCGCGCAAAAUCAGACGCCUUCAAUGACCGCAGGAUCUGUCGUGGACUUCUACACACUCUCUGUCAGCAUCACACGGCGCCUGGUCCAAUCAUCCAUAUUCUUCGCCAUGUCGAGGCUACGAGGCGUAAACCGCAGCGGUCAUGACCGAGGAAAUUUCAUCCGCGUCUCAGAUGUCCGUGCAGCAAUCGAGGUGCUCAACAUGAAGCAUCGCCGGCCCAAUUUCGUAGACACAGCUCGCCGAAAUGAAGUGGAAAUAGCAGAUGUCCACAAUCGCAAAGACUGGGUACCUACCCCAUUCACCUAUGAAGAGGUUGAAGAAAUCAUCGACAAAUCCGAAUGGUCCAAAUACCGCAGUGACGCAGUCAAGUCAGGGGGGAUCAACAUGGAGGAAGAAGACGACGCCGAGUCCGAAAGCGAAGACUCGAACUAUGGUCCUGAAGAAGAUGAACAGGAGGCAGAGCCAUCAUCGGACUACGAACCAGAGGUCGUGGACUUGGAUCCCCCAUCUUCCCGAGAGGGAUCACCGGCUUCGUCCCCGCCCGGAUCAUCUGACGAGCUUGAAAUGGAUCCCGAAGAAAUGCAUGCAGAUCUGGUAGAUGAAUCGACUAGUCGUCGUGAGGAGGCGAUGUUCCUGCGUCUCAUGGACAAGGCCGUGCCAUCGGAUGAACAAUCUGUCAAGCAAGAAGAUCUUGAAGAGGAGCUCCAAGCACCCCCCGAGCGCAGAGCCAGAGAAGAAGUCUUCGACUGGCGAAGUCGGGUUCUCUAUCGCAGUGAAUGGGAGGAAUAUGGAUACAACUUUGCCGAUCUGAAGGGGGAAUUCGAAAUGCCUCCGCAGAAGCGGCCUCGACUCAGCGAGCCGGAAUUACCAACGCCCUCAACACCACCCCCUGCGAAUGAGUAA